UCUUAAUUAUGGUUAAAUGGGGUUGUAACAAAAUGUAUAUGGGAAGGAUAUAUUAUAAUUCACUAACUCAUGUAUCUAACUAAUAUUUAUGAGACUUGCUUGAAUAAUAAGAAGAUACCAACAUGAAAUGAAAAUCAUUAUCCCUUUCAAGGAUGUGGCUGUCACUUUCCUUAGGGCUCUUUAUUUCUACCUAGGAAAAAUCAAACUAAUCUGAUUAUGUGCCCUGUUGUUUGUCCACACAAGAAAGGCACAAACCUAUGUGUUUAACCAUGGUUAGUGUUUAGCCACUUCUUCAUUUUCCUAGUUUUGGACUUUUUGUGUUUAACAAAAUAAACAGGAAAUUUUGGAGGGUGAAUGAAAUAGGAAACCUUUCCACCUCAUUUCAUUUCCUCCUGUUUGUCUUUUCUUCUGCUGCAAAAGAAUAGGAUAUAUAGGCAUGGAUGGGGUUUGAUAGACAAAGAAAAUGAAAGGGAAUUUUAAUGGAUUUUUAAGGUUUUGAGCUUUGUUACUAUUUAUUGGUUUGGGGUCAUAGAUAUAUAGAAUAAAAUAAGAGGAGAGAGAAGGAAAAGAAACACUAGAAGGGUAGAGAUUGUAUUAAUGGGGAUUCCAGAAUCUGGAUAUUGGUCCAUUUGCCUUAGGGUCUUGUAUAAAAAAUAUACCAGGGGACAUGUUUGAAUGAAUUUUUGGAUUCAAUUUCAAUAUACAGAAGGGUAAAAGAGCUGAAAACAUAGAAGAAAAAAAAAUUGGAGAUUUGAUUUUGAUGGUUUCUUUGGGUUUAUGGUAACUGUGUAUUGGUUGUUGAAUAAAAGCUUAUUGAUAGGAAAGAUUGAUGGGUAAGAAGAAGCCUCAAAAAACCAAGGAACUUUCAGUAGCCAUAGCUGAGGCUUCAUCAGCAAGAGAAGAGGUUCACCAACACACACGACAAAAAGAAUCUCAGCCUCAGGCUCAGACUCCUAGAAAGAGAGGAAGACCUCGAAAGAUUGUUGAGAAAACUGAAAUUGAAGCUGAAGAGAGAAAAGAAGAGGAAGCAGCUGAAGUUAUUGAGAGCGAGUCAAAGAAAGUAAAAAUUAUUGAGGAUCAAGUAGAAGAAGAAGAGCAACAAGAGCAAAAGCCACAAGCAAAGGCAGAAACAUCAUCGGGCAUAAAGAAAGGAGGGGGACAAUCAGUGACGCCAAGGGAGCCUCCAAGAAGGAGAACAAGAAGAAAAAGCAAACCCAGAAAGAGCAGCUAAAAAAUUGCUUUAAUUUGCCUUUAUAAAAUCUGGUAAACCCUUUUUUUUCUUCUUCAAUACAUAUAUGGUAGCUCCAGGAACAGAAGAUUAAAAUGAUUCUGCUUUUCAUGUUGAUAAAGAUUAAGAUGAAGCUUCCAGGUUUCAUCAAAUUUGUUGCUUUAUCAGUCUCUGUUUCAAAUGUAAACACAGAAAAGCAUAACACAAAGGGCCUUGCUUUUGCUUUUCUUUUCUUAAUUGCAGUAAUUGGACUUGACCAUCUUCCUUAUCCCCAUCUAUUUUCUCUAUAAACAAACAAAAAUUAAAAAGUAGCAAAGAUAUUUGCCAUCGCUUAAAAAUUAAACCAAAUUAGAGUCGGUAUCACUAUACAUAUUUUUCAUGUUAUACUGUUUCUUUAUGAUUAUUAUUAGUUGACUGUAUUUGUUCCUUUGUCAUUGUUUUAAUAACAAACAAAAAGAUAAGAAAGGAAAAGAAAAUCUAGCUAGCUGCAUGUUGGAUGAAGAAACUUCCAGCAAGACCAGGGUUUUUGAUUAUUUUACUCAAUUAUGUAGGAAAUUUAAUGCUUGGUGACAAUGAAUGAGGGGCAAGUGAAAAGUGAAAACCAGAUUGAAAAACUGAGUGGAUGUGUUUUGCUGGUGCCACUGCCAGCUCUGCCUUGUAAGGAACAGACGCUGAGUUAUAAUUGCUCUUGACAAGAAAAAAACUAGAACUGCUGCCAACUCAUUUCCACUCUAGCACGUGAUGUCACGCUCUAGCUAUCAACAAAACAGCCUCCAGCCGCCUCAGUAACCCAAUGGGCAAUCUCUGAUUCUGAUGGGUUCUUUACCACGAAAAAACUUGAGCUGCAAGUGAUCCCCAAGUUAUAUACUGGCGCGUGGAGUUGGUGUUUUUUAAGAUUCUAGUUAUGGACCAGGUCAAAAUGGAGGAAGAGGAAGCAACAGUAAGAAAGGGAGACGGAGAGAUAGUGAGCUUUGGUAAAGAUCUUCGCAGGAAGAAAGAGAGAGAGUAGACCGUAUUACAGAUGUCCUUUUAUAGGAACACGUUUGGAUUACUCUUUCACUUGUCUACUUAAUUGUAAGAUAGAAAGGUAGCAGACGAAGAAGUCGUGAGCUUUUGCCACUUGCCACACUCAGUCCACGAGUUGCUGAACGCGCCCUUGCCCAUGGGACCCUCCCGUAUCUGUUCGCUGCGUAGCUUUGACAAGUUGUUUGAUUCAAAUUACCCCACCUGAAAAUCUCAAGCCAAGCUACUGUUUGAUUGGGUAGAAGUUUGCACGCCGCAAAGAAUCUCUCACCCAAUUAUUCUAAAGCAAAAUUUUGAAGGACAAUCCUUGCUUAAAUCACUUAAGCUGGCACUAAAAGGGAAGUUUGUAAUUGUUUUUGGAAUUACUGCGUUUCACUUUUCAUGCAAGAAUGUCAGUGUAACUGUGAAAUUUUGCAAUAAAAAAUGUCCUCAGUUUUUCUUUCUUCUUUCUUUAUUUAUUGUGAGCCAGAGCAAAAGCCUGUGUUGAGAAUUGAGGAGAUGUUGCUGUCGGGCGCAGGCCUGAGUUUGUCCUACUCCAACACAAAUCUUGCUGUCAUCCAGACACACGCUUUGAAUGAUUUUGAUUUAACAAUUUAAGGGCCACAAUGGCCAAUCUGAUUCUUGUAAAUCUUUAAUAACAUGUCAAUCGGCAGAGACAUGUGAAAAGAAAAAAAAAGUUUUUGAUACAUUGUUGAAAACGGACAGGUCGUAUUCUUUCCUUUUCUAUUUAUUAUUUCUUUUUUUCUAAGAAGUCACAACUUCGGGACAUAAGAGAAUGUAAGAGUUCAUUUAGAAAGUAAAAAUUCCCGGAUUCAACCUGUUAAAAAUUAAGUUACUUUGGAUACACUGUAAUCUGCAGUCGUCUUUUAUCUAAAAUAUCAUUAAAAAUGGAAAUUAGCCGUAUAUAAGUUAGUAGUGGGAGACAAAACGUACGGUGAAGCCAAACAAAAGGAACAGACCAUUACGUUUAAACAACAACUAAUCUAUAAUUGAUGGGGACAUGUCCGAGUAGGGAAUGACACAUCUCUCAAAGUCAAUAAAUUUAUAGGUUUUGUUCUUUGGGCUUAUGGUGAUUGUCUUGCUGCUUAAUACCAUCCAGCGUGUAAGACGCUGAUUCUACACGGCCCCGACAUCUUUUGAAAAUGAUAUUCUUUCGAUGUCAACUGGUUACACUAGGCCAGAAACCGCAAGACCAAACUUGGCUUUUAAUUAUGUUUGGUCGAAUUGUCGAUUUACAGAAGUAAAUUGAAUUUGGCAACAUUGGAAGAUAAAGUAUACUGAACAAAAUGCAAAUGGAAUGGUAUUGAAAAAAAAAAAAAAAAAAG